AUGAGGAUGAAUGCCUUUUUAGUUUUUGUUUUAGUUAGUCUAACUCUUGGAAAGAAGGCUUGGAUUGUUACUGACACUCACUUUGAUGAUUUAUAUACUGAAGGUAGUGCAGCCAAAUGUUAUACUGUUGAUUGUUGUCAUUCAGACUCAGUUCCAAGAAAACACACUGAAGACAACGUUGCUGGAAGGUGUGGUAAUUUUAAUUGUUAUCCUCCUUUAGACACAGUUACUUCAUCAUUAGAUUAUAUUCGAGAACACAAGUCUGAAAGUAAUACUGUGUUCUGGUUAAUGGACGUUGUUCCUGGAGAUGUCUUAAAUCAAUCAAAUUCUAUUAAUCAAAAUAGGAUAAAAAUGAUGGCUGAUCAAUUCAAGAAAAAACUUCCUGGAUUUAAUGUUUAUCCAGUACCAGGAAAUCAUGAUUACUUCCUUUCUAGUGAAUGGGAAUAUCCACCUAGAUGCCAGUGGAUGUUAGAAUUUAUGAAUGAACAAUUUAAAGGUUGGUUAUCUUCUCAAGCACAAGAAACAUUUAAAAAAGGAGGAUAUUAUUCUGAGUUGAUUGAUUCAGGAAUUCGUUUAAUUGCUUUAAAUCUUGUUUAUGUUGAUAAAUUUAGUAUUCAUUCAAAGAAGUAUAAUGAACAGGAUCCAGGAGAUAUGGUUGCAUGGUUUAAUACAACACUAAAACAAUCAAAAACUAAUGGUGAAAAAGUUAUUAUUAUUUCACAUGAAGGAAUUGGAUUAAAGUCAAGUGGUCAAUUUGAUUUAGAGCCAGCAUUUAAUAAUGAUUUUACUUCAUUAAUGAAACAAUAUAGUGAUAUCGUUAUUACCCAUUUUGCUGGUCAUUCACAUUACCAAUCAUUCAGAAUUCUUCCUAAUAGCGAGAAUCCAUUUUAUCAUGUCAUUCUUAAUCCUGCUGUUACAACUUGGGGUAAAAUUAAUCCAAAAUUUAGAUUAGUUGAAUUUGAUCGGGCAUCAGUUAAAGAUUAUACUACAUAUGUUUUAGAUAUCAAUGAAUGUAAUGCUGGUUCUUCAGGAUAUCCAUGGAAGAAAGAACAUAGUUUUAAAGAAACUUAUGGAAUAAAUGAUAUGAGCACUGAAGGAUUAAAAGAAUUUUAUAAUAAAUUACAGAAUGACAAUGCUUUGUGGGGAACAUUUAUGCAAUACUUCAAAGAUUCAAGUUAUAAUACUUGUGAUGGUAAAUGUAAAAAAGGUCUUUUAUGUGCUUUAUCUCAUUUGACAGAAGCAGAGUAUAAAGAAUGCACUAAAUAA